GUCUGUCCUCUGAGCUGUUCGUCUCUGUUGGGACUUGGGAGUCAAUAUUGGCAGGGUUACUGCAAACAACUCAUAAUGAAUUCGCAUCCAGCACCGGUGAUGUCAUGGACAUUUCUCAACGCAUCCACUCUCAACUCGUCUAAGCCUAUCUCAUCUCGUGGAAACGCAUCCGUACGGUAUCUUCAAACCCGUUAUCACUUUAUCAAAAAGCGGGCGGGGUCAUUCUUCUGCAAGGUAGUAAUUAGAGGGGUCCCUGCUGGGUCAAGUCACAGUCUUAAACUUGACUUGACUUGGGCGGAUGGCGCUGAGCCAGCUUCAACGCCAUCACUGAAAAGCCCCAACUCUAGUUCAUUAGUUAGCUGUACGGAUAUGUUGUUUACAAACCCGAAUACCGAGAACCUCAACAUCUUCAAACUCUCAGUCUACGGUGAGGUCGUACCUGCAACACGACAGGCCAACCAUGUAUCAACAACUGAAGCUCGUUCCUUCCUUACCAACGACUCAACUGCCUACACACCUCUGAUUUGUUCUCAACAACUCUCUUGA